AUGUACUUCUACCUCAACUCAACUUCCUUCAAAUGGCGAGAUAAUUACUACCAGCAACUUCAAGGCGCAGCCAUGGGAUCGCCUCUUUCACCAGUUAUAGCCAACAUCUUCAUGGAGCACUUCGAAACAACGGCACUCCAGACUCUCUCACAACGCCCUUCUCUCUGGCUCCGAUAUGUCGACGAUACAUUCGUCAUCUGGCCACAUAGCAGACGUGACUUAGACCACUUCCUCGCCCACAUCAACCAGCAUCACCCGAUCAUCAAAUUCACCAUGGAGACCGAGCAAAACAACAGCAUCCCCUUCCCAGACGUUCUCUUUACCAAAUCGCAAUCCGGCAAGCCCACUCACCAAGUCUACAAAACCCACACACACACCGAUAUAUAUCUUCACUACAGAUCCUUCCACCAUAUAUUCGUACUACAAUCAGUCCCCAACGCCUUCAUCCACCGAGCCCAUCAACUCAGCGAUGCAGACCAUCUAGUCCAGGAAAUCCAGCAUGUCACCACAGCCCUAACUAGCAUCAAGAAAUACCCAAGACAUAAGAUCAAAUCCAAGGCUCCCGCCAAUUCAACGUAUCCUUCAAGCAUCAGACAUCCAAGUUCGACACAGUUCCUCCAACAAACUCCAUUCGAUACUCCACUCCCACAUAGACAAGCAUCCAAACCACAAGAAAGCUGGAGUCUACAAAAUACCAUGCGAAUGUGGAAAAGUCCACAUUGGAGAACUCUGGAAACAAGACUCAAAGAGCACAGAACCAGCUUUAGAUUCAGUGAUUGGGAUAAGUCCGCCAUCGUCAAACACGCCCAGCAACACGAACACGCCAUCGAAUGGGAUAACAAUCAUCUCAUCUCCAUAAUGAAGCACUGGCAUACACGCCGAAUCCAAGAAGCCAUAGAAAUUCACCGCCACAACACCGAGCCCAGGAUGUAUACAUCAACGACAUCUGGAAACCUCUCAUCAACAAGUACUUGGUCACCGCCACCCGCAGAACCCUCAAAACAGCCGCCAGCCUCACAACUACUAUGCACAGCAGACGACAGCAGACUACAGCGCCGCCUACGUCGGGGGACACACACACAGCCUCUCGCCGACAGCACACCCCACUUUUGGUUUCGGAACUCUACUUAG